UUUACUAAAACUCAACAAUUCUUGCUGAUCUUUGGGGCAUCAAUGCUCUGUCUCAGUCAAGGAGCUGCAGUGGAUUCCACCGAUUUUGUGGUGGAGAAACAAGUGGAGAGUGAGGAGAAAACAAGUGAACUACCCAAUGUGCCCACGGAAUGUCAUCAGCCAAAGGAAACGGGUCGUUGUUUUGCCUUGUUCUAUCGUUAUGCCUACAAUGUGGAUACCCAAAAGUGUGAGGAAUUCAUCUAUGGCGGCUGUGCCGGCAAUGGAAAUAAUUUCGAGACUAAAAGUCUGUGUGAAGCCAAGUGUUUGGGUAAAACCACAGAGGAGGAGCUCGAGGAGAGCACUACUGUGACCAGUGACAGCACUACAAUCCCCAGCAAUAUUAGCACCAGCGACUAAGGCGAAACAAACAAACAAACAAAAAAAAAAAAAAAAACACAAUUUAUUUACACCCACCUUUAUAUACAAUGUCUGUAUAUAGUAUAUAAGAUUAUUUAUGAUCUAUAAUUGUUAUAUACAUUGUUCUCGUUUGCUGUGGUUCGCAAUUAUUUGUACUCCGUUGUAUAUAUGUAUAAACAAAUAUGUAUAUUUCACAAGCAUUUGUUAAUGAACUUAAAGUUCAAACACAACUACAAAAAAGAAAAAUUAA